CAACUACCUGCCCUGGCAGAGGGGCCCCCCCGGCGGCCCCCAGCAGGGAGCGGGGGACCUCUUUUACUCGGCCGAGAUCGAGCUGCUGUGCGACCAGGCGUGGGGCAGCAUGCUGGAGGUGCCCGCCGGCUCCCGCCUCAACCUCACCGGCCUCGGCUACUUCUCCUGCCACUCGCACACCGUCAUGCAGGGCUACGCUUAUUUCUUCUUCCUCCGAAUGGAUGAGAACUACAUCCUCCUGCCACAUGGAGUCAACUUCCAGGAGGCGAUUUUCCCUGACACCCAGGAGAACAGAAGAAUGUUUGCCAGCCUUUUCCAGUUUUCAAACUGCUCACAGGCACAGCACAUGCUGAGCUUCUCCAGUGACUGGGAGAUCCAAGAGGACAACCGGCUCAUGUGCUCCUCGGUGCAGAAGGCCCUGUUUGAGGAGGAGGACAGGGUGAAGAAGCUGCAGCAGAAGGUGGCGGCGCUGGAGAAGCGCAACAAGCAGCUGCGAGAUCGAGUGAAGAAAGUCAAGAGGUCCCUGCGGCAAGCCAGGAAAAACUCCAGGCACAUGGAACUGGUGAACCGAAAGCUCAGUGAGAAACUUUCUUCUGCAGGUGGCCAAAUCCCCUAUAUUAACUCUUUGAAGCAGGAGAACUCCCAUGGUACCUACCUGAAAGUAUAAUGCAAGGAAUCCACAGCAAUUCAGACAGGUUACAAGCAAUGACUGAAAAUUCUUCAGCUGCAGAGAGUCAGACAAAUCUCCUUUUAACCACUGUUCAUUGGCUGAUCCCCAGUGUUGUACCAUGGCUGGAUAGUACAGUGCAGUGUGAUGGUCCCAGUGCUGCCACUUGCUAACAGCCUCUGCCAGAGAUCACCACCUGUAGUUACAUCCUGAUGUCACCUGCAAAGUCCGUUCUGUAGCCACAUAUUUGAUACCUCACCUUAUGGAGACAAAAACCAUCAUCAAUCUGAAAUUGCUCCAAGACAGAGUGCAUGGUCGAAAAAUAAAGAAGAAAUUCUUUCUUGUGAGGUUAGUGACACACAGGCACAGGCUGCCCAGAGAAGCUGUGGAUGCCCCAUCCCUGGAAGUGUUAAAGGCCAGGUUGAGUGGGACUUCGAGCAACCUGGUCUAGUGGAAGGUGUCAUUGCUCAGAGCAAUGACAACUGAAAGUGCAGUCAGAGCUGUGGGCAGCCUGGGGACAGGUACUGGGGUCCCAGAUCCAGCCCUGAUCAAUGGAGAGUGGUUAGUGCUGCACUUGGAGCACCCGUGACAUGUACUUCAUUCUGUGCACUGACUCAGGGGCUAAAUGGGCUGGAGAAAUCAAAAUGUAAUCCCACUGUUUAAUUAAAAGAUAAUGGAAGCUUUCCAGCCACAUUGUAACAGCCCAUGCAGAGACAAAAGUCCCUGUUCUCCUAUAGGGAUAAAAUAAAAUGCAUUGUCACGCUGGGGAUCAAGCUGAUCUGAACUUCAUAUUCCUCAUCUGCUGUAUUCUUAAUUCUCAUUGCUUUUAAAUGACUGCAGAUUUUCUUUGGUUUUGCAAAUUCAGUUUUGAAGCAGAUUCUUUGUAUUCCUUAUGGAAUAGGUUUCAGGAUAUAUGAACAGGGCUGGUGGGGGGCUUUGCACUGCUGGUAAGUAAUGAUAUUUUCUCUGCAGCAGGAGCCAGGGUCAAGUGAGAUGCAAAGUACAGUGUUCACUGAUGAGCAAGGAGUGGGAGGAAGCAGCAUAUUUCCAGCCAUAAAACAGGGGGACAUUAAGAAGUUACAGGCAGCUCUGGCAACACAGAGCUCAUUAACCCAGUGGGUAGAAAAUACACUGCAGAUGCAUCAGCCUUGCUGGAAAUCCAGAGGGGAAGAGGUGGAAAGGAACUGUGCAGGCUACAGGAAGCUGCCAGUGGUGAUGGAGGGCAGCCACGCCCAUGCUUCUCAUGAAUGUCACAAAACAAAAUAGGGAGAAAAUUGUCCUUCUCACGGGUAGUGUUGAGUGCUCUGCCUAAUGUGUUCAUCUGGGCACCAAACUGACAGCAAAGAGAACAGGGCAUGAGUCAAACCUCUGGGGACGUGAUGAAAGACCUCAAAACGCACAGAGAAUUGGGCUUUCACAGCAGGAGGGAUCCCAGCAUGUACUCUAGCCACUGGGCUACAGUUCUCUUUUGGGAUAUAAGUAGGUUUUUAGGUCUUCUCCUAAACAACUUGCUUGCAAAGGUAAAGGAAAUCUGAGAAAUGGGAACUGGAACCAGGUUUUAGCUUCACAUUUUACUGUUUUCUUUCUCUCAUUCUUCCUCUGUAGGGAUGUUUGCUGAGGUGCUAAGUUUUCUCUUUCUGAAAACCUACAUUUGGAGGAAGAGCCAAGGACACUGCAGAUUGAUUUUCUGAGCUUUGCUCAGACUCCAUAAUACAAGUGGCAAUUUAGUAGGAUAAGCUCAUUCCUUUUUUCACUUUUAUGGAUUUUAUUAAGAAGCAUGAGCAGGCAAGAAUUCCUCUAAGCAAUCAUAUUACCAGCCUAAUUUGCUAGACUUUCAUUAAAACAAUUAAAGAUAGAAUGAUGCAAUGACCCAGUUCAGGACCCAAUUAAGACUGAAUCAAUAAAUCAGUAGGUUUAAAUCACCACCAUAAGGCCACAGAUAAUCAAAACAAGUUAUGAGGCUGAAGCUGAACAGAAUGACUGCAUUAUAUCACCACAAGAGAAUUUAAAGAAUGAAAUACUUCACAGUUGAGGUGCUCAGCUCAUCUUGCUACAACCAGCUUAGUGGCAAUGGGCACAACCUGGUACAGGUCCAUCAGCUGCUGGGGACCACGGCCUGGGUGCACAGCACAACAGCCCUGCCAGGCCAUCCAUAGCUGCAGGUAUCCCUGGACAUGGUGACUUCCAGGAACAGGUGUCAGGACCCCGUCCAUCUGUUCAGCCACAUUUGGUGCUAAAUUGUCUCAUCAGUCUGUCACCACCUUCUUUGGACAGGUAAGUGCAGCCCCCAAGGUGUCCUGCUAACAAACCCAUCUUAACCACAGCUGUUGGCUCUUUCCUGAAGGUCUCUGACUUUCUUCCAGAGGAAUUGCUGGACACUCGGUUCUCUCCAUAGAUUUAAUGGGUACCAUCGGUAAACUCAAGCAUGUGGUGCCCUCUGCAUACUGCAAAUACUUAGACAGGGAAGAAGUUCCUCAAUUCAAGCCUCCAAGGUGACUGCCAGUGGACUCAGCAGUGAACUUGGUAUUUGGUGGCAACAAAGCUGCACACUGUCUUCAGAAUUCAGCCCCAGCUUGAUCAAAGAUGAAUUCCCUCUUUAGAUAUUGUGACCAAAAAGUAAUUGAAAUACAUGGCAAAAUCCUAUCAUUUGAGUACUGACAAGGCACAGCAGAAUAGUUCCCAACCUUCAAUUAAUGCCAUGUUUCCCUCUGCUUUAGUCUGAUAGAGACACUGUAAUAAUAUAAUAUUGUAUAAUAUAAUACAGAUCAUAUAAUAUAGCAUUCUAUUGUAUUGUACUACCAUAUAUUAUAACUCCAAGUGUGUGUCCAUCAUAUACCUGUGUUCUAUUUGUUGAGAACGGGAGUUCAUCUGUCAACUCCCACUGAAGGUCUAUAUGGGCUCACCAAGACUAUAAUUUUGGUUUUUCUUUGUAGUGGAAAAGGGCUCUGAUCCACUUAGGUGCUACACUGAGCUGUGCUGGGUCAAAGGAGGGAAAGUUGCAUUUCAGACGCUACUUUGAGCAAAUGCAAACUUGAAGAUGUGAUAUGUAAUUCUUAAUAUGGUUGGUAGCUGGCCUGCAACAAAAAGAAGCAUUAGUUUGAGAUUUAUUAUGCAUUUCUGGUCACUGUUAGACUGCAAGCUGAGGCACAGAUGUGAACACAGCUCUUUCUUCUGCCCUAAAGAAAGAAAAUGAAAAACAUACAAGAGUCUAUAUGGCGCCAAAGAAAGCACAAAGUUCGUGAGUUUGAUGGGAACAAUAAAUUGCCUCUCAGUUCUAUUAUUAUUAAUUUCCCUAAACAAAACACUUUCAUGAAGAAGGUAAAUGAAUCAUUAGUUGACUGUAACUUUAUCAGAAUAUUGAAAUUAUAAAAAGAAGAAUCCCAAAGAUUAAAAAAGAAAACAAACUCUUGAAAUCAGGGUAAGCACACAAAGUUUGGAAGUCAGGAAUUUAUCCCAGUGUAAUCCAGGAAAGCCCAAACGCCAAACAAUCUGGAAAUACUCAAUUGAAUACUUGCAGUGGUAGUCCAGAUGGUCCUUCUUCCCCACCCCCAUAGAUAUAAAAAAUGGUUAACACCAAAACAAUUCAGUACAGUUGAGAGGGUCCACCAAAGAGGGACUCAGAUGUGCUGGGCAGGGCACAUGCCCAUGGUGAUGUAGGAGGAUUUUCUCCCUGAGGGAUGCCCAGAGCUGGGAGGAAGCAUAAAAUGGUGGGAAGAGCGCAUCCUUUUAUCCCUAUGACAGCUUAGAGUGUCCUGGGAUUGCUUUUGGGCAGUGCAGGCCCAUGUUGUCUCCUCAUGGAAAGCUGCCCAAAGGGAUCUCACAAGAUCAAUGUGGUUUUGUGGAUUCACAGAGCUGAAGGUUUGGCCUGAAGGAAGAGAUUCAAUGUAGGCAUUAUCACAGAGGGUAGGACAGUUUACAGUGCACAAGCACUGAUUUGAAAGCUCUGUGCAGAAUGUCUUCCUCAGCAUCACCUGCUCCUGAACCACAGGGGUAUAUCCCUACUCAGGUUGGAUGUUCCUCCAAAUUGUGCACCUGUGCUUUCUCUGCUUUAACAGGUAUCCCUCAUUCAAAACUCCUCUUAGCUGUGAAAAAAGAGCUGCCACAGCCUUCUGGUUGAGAGCAGGAAUGAGAAAUGGUGUUGGUGCAGCACAAGGAAAGGCUGAUGUGUGGCAUAAGCCACAGUGCAUACCAACACUCUGAAAGCCUUCAAAGUAAGGGUAUCCCCCUUCCCUCCAGUGCAAACAUGGCUGUGGAUUUUGGCAAGGUUGCAAGCAAAAUAUUUUAUACAGUUGCAUCUUGGUCUUGUCCCUCUGGCUUCUCUGUACUAAUGUUUUAUCUCCCUUGUUGCAAACAGCCAAGAAUUUGUGGCUGAGCACAUAGCAGCAAAGAUGUACAAAGACGAAGUGAAUAUUGACAUGAGAUCGUCCGGAUGUCAUGGCUGAGGAUUUCAGUGGUCCUGGGGUGACCUUCUGCCCAGUCUCUCUGGGAGCUUGGAAGAGCCUGCUGGACUCUGAGUGACCACUGAAUCUAUGGGGGAACCCAUGACUUUAAAACCAAAACAUGAAAAAGUUUUCCCGGCUGAGAUUUUAAUUUCAUGGUGAAAUGUGGGGUAAACCUUUAUCUACUGUAAGUGCCACAUUUGAGCCAAAUCCAGCUAACAUAUACACAUGAGAAUGAGUCCUUAGUGUGAAAGGAUUGUCAGAGUUCAGGCUUAUGUCACGUGGAAAGACAGCACAGUCUUUCUACAGGAUCUGCUGCUCUUCCUGACGCUGCAAAUCAUGUGCUUGUGCCUCAGUGUCACACACCACGUCCAACACACUUCCAGGCAGCAUUUUUGUACAUGGAUGUACUUUUCCAAAGGUGUAUUUUGCCAUGGAUGUGCUUUUUCUGGAGCACAAAUUGAAGGUUAUCUUACCUGUCCUGGUACAACCCACUAUCAAAACAUAAUUCUGAGAACACAGCUGCUCACCACAGCUUUCAAAUACUUACAGUGUUGGUUCUGGGGGUUGUUUCUUCAUUCACAAAAUAAAAGCUUUAUAAGUAAUUUGCCUUUCUCUUUAUAUUGCUAUGAGCUGGCCAUCAUCACUGCUGUUUGUUUCAACUCUGUUACUGAACCAGGUGUCUAAAAUUACCUAGCUCUGGCCUCAAGCACAGGCCCACCUCCCUGCUGGGCAUGUUGGUUCUGCCACCUAUUUUAAGAAGGGAGGAAUUCUUGUGUGCCGGUGAGUGAAAACCAGAAGAUAAAAAACAAUAGUUGAGAAAAAUAAGAGGAAAAAAUGAAAAUCAGGUCAUAACACACCCCAGGAACAUUGUCUGGAAGAAAAUUAAGCCAAUGGUGGAGCACACUCAACAGUCUUUGGAGAGCACAGCUGACUGCAAAGGGACUCAGAAAUUCUCACUGAUGAAAAUCUUGUCUCCUUUGAUGAUUCCCACCACAGGGUGUGUAAGUCACCAGCACCAACUCAAAUGUGCAGCAGUCUCCAACAAGUAUAUGUCCUUCCCAGCCCUACACAGAUAUUCUCAGAGCUCAGGAGACAGCCAUGUCUCCAUAUGUUGACAUUCAACACCAUUUCUAUUGACAGCUUUAGGAAAAAUAUGAAGGACGAAUAAUCCUUCUAUUCAUUUCCCUAUGGAGUGAACUGGGGAGAAAGAAAAUCUUAUUAUUCUCCUUUGGGACAUAAAGGAACAUCAUUGCACAAAAAAAACAACAGGGCAGUGGAGCAGCCACAGAAAUUAUUCACUCUCUUUCUUGCAUGUGGGUGGAGACUCAUGCACUCAAAAUCAUCAGACUUCACAUCAGGCUGAUUUAAUUGGAUUUAUUGGAGGAAAACAAUUAGUCAUCCCUUUAAAUUGUCAUUAUGAUAGAAAUCUCGAUAUGUAUACAUGAUUGUCAAGGCAGAGAACCACUUGCGAUGUAGCCCCAUUAACAAUUUGCAGAACUGCAAACUCAUUACGCAGAUAAAACUUUUGCAAUGCCUUAAUAAUACAUGCAUGGAGUAAAUACACAUUCUCCCUUCUUUUUGGACAUGGAUGCGGUUAUGAACUUGUUAUCAAUCACAAGACCUGCAAUAUUAGGCACACUGACAUUCCUUGAUUAAGAUUAAAGCCUUUGUAGAAAACAUGCUUGCAUUUUCAUUAGAAGUCAACUGAGGGAUGUUUUGCAGUUGGAGAUAUUUGGGGAGUCACUAUUCUGGGCAGACUAGGCUCUUUUAUUCCCACUGUUUUCUGGCUCAAAUAAAAUAUCUAUCUAAAAAGAGGCCCAAAUGGGCCAAAAUAUUGUUUCUCAACUAGAGAUCAAUGUACAGCAAGUCACUGAUGUUGUGUUGACCAAAACAUGAAUCGCACCAACUGAGCUGCAACCUUGCACACUCUUCACUUUGGGGGUCAUGCUCGAUCUAAUAAGACACAGCAUGUGUGAUGCCAUGCUGGGCUCAGGGGAUGCAAGAUGAGAGAUGGAAAAGCUCAGAGCUGCUCCGAGCAACCCCCUAGGAGCUCCCACCCACCAGGAACCACAGCACACAUCCACCUCCUCAUGGAGCCUCACACCAGGUGCUGCCCCAGCAAUCUGAACUCAGGCUGGUUGACAGCUGUAUCUGAUGGUUUGUUGUGCUGCCAUACAGUGAUUUGGCAAUGGCACAGCCCUGGCUGAGCACCAGCCUUUGAAGGGGGGCUCAAGACUUCUCGGUGUUUUCGGCCACCAUGGAGAACAAUUUCCAAGGACUAUGCCACCAAGCAUGGUGCUUGCUCCCCAGGCCUGCAGCUUGGCAUGCCCUUGCCAGGAGCACAGAGCAAUUCCCAGUCCUUUCAGAUGACUGCUUUGAGUGUUGGGAACUCAAGGGUUUUCCACACAGCAGCCACUCAGGAGCUGGGACCAAAGGCCUGGUGAUGCCUACAA